CUAAAGCCACUCAAUAUUGCUCUAUUAUUAAAAUCACUGCGAAACACACUACGUACCUGACUCACAAACACAAAGCAACAAUACAGUACUACACAUUAAUUAAUGAUUCUUUCUAUGCUCGUUACCCCGUUACUACUGCUGGUAACGUGGUACUACUGCAUACCAAUUACUCUAGCAGCAGCUAUUUCAAACGACAAUCAUAACGACUUUGAUGAGUCGUCGUCGUCAUUGUCCCCUCCUGGAACUUUACACGUCUUGGAUGAUACGUUGGAAGCUGGUUCAUUGACCAAUAUCUAUCUCGACUAUGGUGCCUACAAGCUCAUCGAACCGGAAGGACAGAAAAUGACAUUAUCAUUUGGCGUGUGCGAUAUCACCUCUGAGAAAUUCCACCGUCGCUUUAUCAUUGGUACCACAGAGGUCUCGCCUAGUUAUCGACCCUCCAAAUUCACCUGGGCCAUUCCCACCAUCUCCUCGCCGCUAUCUCAAGCUCAACAAGAACAAGAAGGAUGCAUCCAUGCCACAAUAACAAAAAGGCUACACCGCCAACAAGAAGAUGAUGGUUUAAAAACCAAAGUGACACUGGUUGCAUCAAGUAGACCGUAUCGUAUCAGACCUAAACGAUUGGUGAAACGUGGAUUUUCAGAGCAAGAAUUUUUUGACGCGUUCAAAUACUUUAAAGAACAUGCUGCAAAAGUACACAAUGACGACACAACUCAUUUCAUCGCGGCUGAUGGAAAGAAUAAGAAAAUCGGAAUUAUUGGCGCCGGUAUUUCCGGGCUUUUCAGCGGCUACUUGCUCGAUCAAGCAGGUUUCCAUGAUUAUGAGAUUCUCGAAGCAAGUGAUCGCAUGGGAGGACGAAUCCAAACAGUAUACUUUAAUCAAGAGCACACUGCAUACCAAGAAAUGGGAUCUAUGCGAGUUCCUGUCCAGUGGACCUAUAACGGCACAACAUUACCGAUCACGGAUCACGAUAUUCUAUUUCAAGCUGUGGAGGAACUCAAUAACCAAAAUGCUGAUAACCCCGAUUUGAAGGUCGACUUUAUACCUUGGAUCCAAACAAUGUCAAACAACUUGGUUUAUCGCAACGGUAUCCGCAUGCCCGAUGGAAAUAUACCAACCGUUAAUGAUGCAGUUACAAACCCAUUGUUUUGGUCUGGAGAUCCAGUGGAUUUGGCUGAGCAAGUUAGCAAUGCAACACAAGAGUUACUUGAGGAUCACUGGAAGGUAUCCAUGAGUCAAAAUCUUCACGCGGCCCACAAGGAAGCAUUGGAAGAAGGCUAUGACGAUUGGUCCCUUUGGGGGUGGUUGCACAAUAAAAUGGGAGUGACACUCAAUGCAACGGAUUAUGCGCUUGGAAGUUUCGGUAACGUGGAUAUCUGGAAUUAUAUGUACCACACAUUCUUGGGUUCUGCCACCGAGUGGCGCACUGUACAAGGUGGCAUGAGCCGUAUAACAAAUGCAUUUGUUCCGUUUGUUGGCCACAAAGUGACAUACAAUGUCAAGGUGACGAAAAUUGAUUAUGAAGAAGAUGAUGACAACAACAGGAUGCUCUCUGUACAAUGGAAGGAUACGCCGACAUUAGAUGCAGUAUAUCAUAAAAAACUGUAUGACAAGGUGAUCAUGUCUGUUCCAUUUUCUAUAGCAAGAAUGAUGCAUCUUCCAAAAGAGCUACCAUAUACACUACGCCGAGCUAUUGACAAUCUCGGUUAUGGCCAAGCUUGCAAAGUCGCUUUGGAGUUCAAAUCGCGGUUCUGGGAAAAGUAUGAAAAGCCCAUUUUGGGCGGAUGCGAUAUCACCGACCUCAAAUCCGAGAUGGUCUGCUAUCCCAGUAAUAACCUGGGCAGUGGUGGACCGGGUGUCAUGUUGGCAAGUUAUUCUACCGAUCAGGGUGGUCUUCGCUUUGCAUCCAUGACCGAGCAGCAACACAUUACACGAGUACUGGAAGAUAUCAUGGAGUUGCACGGAGAAGAGAUUGUCAAGGAGCAAUAUACUGGAAACUAUCAUCGUAAAUGCUGGAUUCUCGACGAGUUUCAGUCAGGAGCAUGGGCACAACCGACCCCGGGCCAAGCCAAACUGUUCUUGCCGGCUUAUUUUCAACAUGCCAAUGGCAUUGUUGUUAUUGGUGAGCAAACAGAUAUCAAACAUGCAUGGAUCAGUGGCGCUCUGGAGUCGGCCAUUCGAGGUGUCACCAUGAUUUUGAUAGAAAGUGGCCAUGUGGAUGAAGCAAAGAAGCUUGUUAAAAAGUGGAACGCAGGAUGGAUGGACAUAUAAAAGACAUCUACUCAUUUUUUUCUUGAACGCAUACAUAAUAAAUAAUCCCCUAUGUAUGAUAU